UACACGCUGUCCUUUACCUUUAAAACACUUUAAAAAAUAACGACAAGUCACGAUUAAACCCGUGUCAUGUAGAUCUCUAUGACCAGAAGAGUAUGGCGAUCACAGGUGGACGGUGAAGUCGCGUUUUAAUCGUGUUUGAAGUGAAAGUUGCAGUGAGGUGGAGUUUGCACACAUUAUGGCGAGUGUGCUGUGAAGGAGGGUCAGACAGGUGAGUCAGUCGUCUGUGGUUCACACACUGGCUCAGAGGAUCGUGGCCGUUAGAGGUUUUUCAGCCGCGGGCUCGUCUGGAUCAGAUGAGCCGUAUAUAGCUGUACCGUCUCAAAAUUCAGGUCCUAGAACAGUGUGGCCAGAUGAGACCAUGGGUCCGUUUGGGCCUCAAGAUCAGCGGUUCCAGUUGCCAGGCAACGUGGGUUUCGAUUGUCACCUGAAGGGUGCCGGGUUACAGAUGAAAGGGCCGGUCCACAGGACGGUCCCGGACGUUUUAACCUCCCCAUCCAGCACAGAGAGACACGAGUUCAUCCUCGCUCAGUUUGUUAAUGAGUAUCAGGGUAAAGAAGCGUCUCUGAUGGCGCAGCGAGUCAGUAAAGCUGAACACUAUUUCAGUCAGUCAGAUGUGGAGUGUACAAUGCAUUCCUGCCCAGAGCUGCUGAAGAAAGAGCUAGAGCUGUUUUUCCCAGUGCUCCCUGUGAGUCCCAUCACUGUCGUCACCGUAACACAGAAGACCGGCACAGAAGAUCAGAACAAAGAUCAACAGAAGCUACUAGAUAAUUUUGUCAGUGGUGCUAAAGAGAUCUGCUUCACGCUGUGGAGAGGAGGAUACUGGGCCGAUUUCAUCAGUCCACUGUCAGGAAAAGCUUUUUUUGGCGCUCAGACGCCGGACUCUAUUCUACAGCAAGAUGUUGAGCAUCACGCUGGCUUUCACAUCGAGGACCUGGCGUCAUGUACGGUCAUACGGCACGUCUUAAAGGGGACGUCCACGUAUGUCUUAACGCUCAUCACUAACGCACCUUCCAACAGUCUGAUCAUGGAGAAACUUCAGGGACACGCCAGCGCUUCAGAGGACAAAGACUGAUGGACGGUUGCAAACCUGAACAAUAUCUGCCAACAUAAACUGUUUCUUAUAUAACAGAGUUUUGAAUAUAAACCUGUUGGUUGAGAUUAAGAUAAACUGCUGUUGUGAGCGGAUUCAGAAAAUACACAGCAGAAAUGCACAUUUAUUUAUAAAAUGAACACUUACAAUACAAUAAACUCAGUAAAACAUUUAAAGUCAGGUGUGAAACCACAUGGUGCUUCACGAAACAUCAGCCAUUGAGAGAACGUAUUGCUGGUAAAACGUCAUCUAGAGUCGGGACGUCUGAAAGAGGAAACAACUCAACUAGUGCCACAAUACACUACUAUUUU